AAUAAUUUCGAUGGCUGCUAAAGAGGAAACUGAAAAUUUUUUUACCGGGUUGACGAAAGGGUUAUCUAAAGAGGAGGCGCGUAUUUAUUCAACGGAUGCAGACUUGUUUUCUUCAGACUGUUGUCAUACAGAAUCGAGCAGAUGUCCAGAAUUUAAGCUUCCAGUGAAUCCGGCUAGUAAAGCAACGAAGAUUAAUCUCUUGAGUAUUGCCAGACCUCAUAUGAGAGCAUUUCAUUUUGCCUGGUUAUCCUUUUUCCUUUCCUUCUUUGCUUGGUUUUCCAUCCCUCCGCUAGUUACCACUAUAGAACAGUUUGAUCAUUUGUCUCCUGGAGAGAAGGAUAACACAGACAUUCUUGCAUCCGCAGGAACUGUUUUGGCUAGAUUGAUUAUUGGCCCGUUGGCAGAUGAAUAUGGACCGAGAACGAUGCAGUUGACUACUUUGACAGUCUUCUCGAUUCCUGUAUUUUUGACUGGUGCUACAUUCAAUUACGCCUCAUUGGCGGUUUGUCGAUUCUUUAUUGGAAUGGUUGGAGCAGCAUUUGUGGUGACUGAAUUCUGGACCAACCUUCAUUUUGCUCCAAAUAUUGUAGGUUUGGCUACAUCAACUACUGCGGGAUGGGGAAAUGCAGGAGCAGGUGUAGCCAAUGCCCUUAUGCCACAAAUCUAUAAUCUGUUUCAGGACUUUGGACUGGAUAAAGACAAAGCUUGGAGGGCAUGUUAUAUUGUUCCUGGAAUUCUCUUAUGGAUUGUUGGGUUGAACUUGUACUUUUUCUCAGAUGACUGUCCUCGUGGUAAUUAUAAAGAGCUGAUUGCAUCUUCUGAGAGAAGGAAAGUUCCAUUUCUGCAGGCGUUGAAGCGAGCUUCGUUCAACUACGUUGCCUGGUUGUUAUUUAUCGCAUAUGCCAUCAGCUUUGGUGUGGAAGUUUUGCUGAACAUCAGGCUUUCUUCCUAUUUUCAAUCCCGAUUUUCUGUUAUUCAGAGCAAGGCUGGAUUAGCAGCAGGACUUUUUGGAUUGACGAACAUUUUUGCGAGGACUCUUGGAGGAGUAUGCAGUGAUAUGUCAGCCAAAUAUUUCGGAAUGAGAGGAAGACUAUGGUCAUUGUUUCUUUUUCUUAUUCUUGAAGGAGUCUUUUGUUUGGUCUUCUAUGAAAUGUCAGGCUUUGGUUCGAGCAUUGGAGUCCUUGUACCAUUCAGCAUUUUUGUGCAGUGUAGCACAGGAUGUGUUUUCUCCAUUGUGCCUUUUGUGCUUCCAACCUUUGUUGGAGGUGUUGCAGGAUUGGUUGGAGCUGGAGGGAACGUUGGCUCAGUGGUAUUUGGCUUUCUUUGGAAGCUUCCAGGAGUAUCCAACGAUCCCGGAAAGCCCUUUUUCUUCUUAUCAUUCUUUAUUCUCGGACUGGCGUUUGUCGUUCCGUUUAUUCAUUUUCCAAAAUACGGCUCUAUGUUCUUUUCACCAAGAAACAAAAUACAAGAAAGAAAGAAUUCAGAUCGAGAGAGUGCUCAUAUAAGAUGGAUUCCUAUGAAAAUAGAUGAAGAAGUAGAGAGUCUAUCCAUCAGCUGUGUGGAAGUCUUGAACAAGAAAUUUUCUUUCGACUGUCACUAUUGUCGCUGUUUAGAGUGCAACAGGAAGGAAGAAAGUGUCCCUUCUUCUCCGGAGUUUCAAGCCACUUGUUCGAGCUUUGCGGAUGAGGUGAAAUGUAAAUCUCAACAAGAAGAAGCAUGCUAUGUCUUGAACCUUGAAAUUACCAUUCUUCAAACAUCAUAUCUCGUGUUGCUUGAUGUAGUUCUGUCAACCGCAGAUAAUUGGAUUUUGAAAAGCGUCUCUUUUCCUGUGCAUUCCAUGUUUAAGUCACCCGUGGCCAUUUGCAAGCUCGAAGAAUGACUGGUUCUUGUGCGAAAAUCCUUAUAUUUGCUAUUCUUUUGUUGGAAUUUUCAGUUUGUCAAUACAAUAAAUAUAUUUCGCGUACU